UUUUUUUUUUUUUUUGGGUAAUGGAUGCUCCGCGCAGACAAAGGGAGGAGGUUCCCGUGCGGUGGGUGUCAAUUACCGCCCACGGAGCGCAGAAGCCGCAGCUUCGGACGCGCACUGCCACAUCACGCGUCGUCGUCGUCCGCCAGCUUGGCUGCGUCCAGGCAUGCGUCCCACGGGCAUAGCGGUGCUCCUGCUCUCCCUGACGAGCGGCCGCUGGUGCGUCCCGCAGCACAGCUGUCAGCCUGAAGACGAGCUCGUGGGAAGAUGCAACGACAAUGUGUAUGAAGAGAAACCUACCUGUACGGAGCUGAACCUGGGCUACUGCAAUGACCUGGAAUACUCUAGAACCAUAUUCCCAAACAUCCUCGGCCACCAGAGUCGCCUGGAGGCCGAGUCAGGCGCCGAGUACCUCCUGCUGAGCGUCGCCCACGGCCUGCUGGGCGGCGAGUGCUCCCCGGAGAUCCGCCUGGUGGGCUGCUCGGUGCUGGCGUCGCCGUGCCGGGACGACAGGAUGGUCAAGCCGUGCCGCAGCGCCUGCGAGGCCCUGCGGAGGGACUGCGCCCACGCCUUCGAGGCCGUGGACAUGGCCUGGCCGUACUUCCUCGACUGCGACCGCUUCUUCGCCGGCGACGAGGAGGGCUGCUUCCACCCGCUGGCGAAGCUGAAAGCCAGACAGGAGGUGGCGAUGUCCCGCGAGGGACCCAGCACCAUCAUCCAGUUCACCCACACGUCCAACUCGCAGAUGUACGGCAUCCUGAAGAGAACCGCGGCCAAGUGCUCCCACGUCGCCCGCGUCUACAGCAUCGGACGCAGCUCAGAGGGCAGAGACUUGCUCGUCAUUGAGUUCUCCAACAACCCUGGACAGCAUGACCUACUGGAGCCGGAGAUCAAGCUAGUGGGCAACAUGCACGGCAACGAGGUGCUGGGCCGCCAGCUCCUCAUCUACCUGGCCCAGUACCUGUGUUCAGAGUACAACCUGGGGAACCAGCGCGUCCAGGCCAUCAUCAACACCACGCGCGUCCAUCUUCUGGCCUCCAUGAACCCCGACGGCUACGAGCUGGCCGCCUCCGAGGUAGAGGAUCGCGGUGACCCGGAGCUCAGCGACCAGGAAAUGUUUCAGGGCCACUUGUUGAACAGUUGGACCGUGGGAAGGACGAACGCCCAGAACAUCGACCUGAACCGCAAUUUUCCCGACCUCACCUCCGUCUUCUACCGGAACCGGCGGAGCAAGCUCUACCGCAUCGACCACAUCCCGAUUCCAGACGCCUACUGGUUCGGAAAUGUGGCGCCAGAGACCUACGCGGUGAUGAAGUGGCUCAGGUCGCUGCCGUUCGUUCAGUCCGCCAGCCUCCACGGAGGGGAGCUGGUGAUCUCCUAUCCCUUUGACUUCUCCAGACACCCGCACGAGGAGAGGAUGUUCUCACCCACUCCAGAUGAGCAGAUCUUCAAGCAGCUGGCGCGCACCUACGCGGAUUCCCACGCCACCAUGUCGGACAACGACACGGAGCGCUGCGGGGCCUCGUUCCACCGGAACCGGGGCAUCAUCAACGGAGCGCUGUGGUACAGUUUCGCCGGAGGCAUGUCCGACUUCAACUACCUGCACACGAAUUGCCUGGAGAUCACCGUGGAGCUGGGCUGUGACAAAUUCCCCCCGGAGGCGGAGCUGUAUCCGGAGUGGAAGAGGAACAAGGAAGCUCUGCUCACGUUCCUGGAGUCUGUCCAUCGAGGAAUAAAGGGGCUCGUUCAGGAUUCGGACGGAAAUGGGAUAAAAGGUGCGACUAUCUCUGUGAGGGGGAUCCGGAAAGACAUCACCACAGCCGAGGCCGGCGACUACUGGCGGCUGCUGAACCCCGGCACCUACGUCGUGACGGCCACGGCCAAAGGUUACUCCAAGGUCAGCAAGAGGGUCCACCUGCCCAGGAGCCUGAACAGGGCCGGCCGCGUCGACUUCGUCCUGCAGAAGGUCCCCGUGGAGCCCGAUAUCGACGACCACCUCUUCCCCCUUAGAGACACGUGGGAUCGAUUUGACCCCUACAACAACUUCGAGCGUAACACUGAGCCGGAGGAGAGUGAAGGAGGGAUCGAGCGGCAGGAGAAGCCGUGGUGGUGGAACUACUUCUCCCAGUCGGGCGUCUCACCGCCGCACUGGCUACUGCGAAAUGUGUAGGUCCAACACACCUGUGGAGAGAGGGUGAGCCGCAAGAACACUGACACUGACGAUCAAGCCUGAAGAGAUGUCAGUGAUUCCUGGAAAGACGCGAAUAGGCACGUUUUUCCCCACCAGCAACAGAUUACAUUGUGUCUUGUCUUUUAAAGUAAUGGUUAAGUUGUUAAGUCGUUUCAAUGAAACCACAGGGAAGUAAAAAAAAUCAGGUUCCAAAACAUUCCACAUUUUAAAAUGUUGUUUGUUAAAAGUAACAUACUUACCGGUACUUAUAAAUAUGAUAUUAGAAUCACAACAGCAGCUCUGCAAAUUAUAGUCUUUCUUCUUUAUUUCAUUCCACAGGUGAUUUGUUCUUAUGUAACUAUGCUACAUUUAAUGCACUAUAAUGUACUACACUCACAUGCACAUAUGCAACUUAUAUUCAGCACCACGCGUACGCUUAGUUUAGUCACGUGCCACUUGUAAACACUUGCAGUUAUUCCUUUGUUUGAAGUAUAAACAAUAAAUCAAAUUUCGCCA